AUACGAGUAAUUAAUUUUCCUUCAAAGAAAAUACGAGCAGUUAAUUUCAGGAUAACCUACUCUUCUUCAUCGGUUCCUCCAUCAAACACAACACAGGACGAAGCAGAACUCUUUUGGCAACGGCUAUGGCGGAUGGUAAAAGAACCGUUCUUGUUACCGGAGCCGGUGGAAGAACCGGGAAAAUUGUUUACAAGAAGCUGAAGGAGAGUUCGGAGGAGUACAUAGCAAGAGGGUUGGUGAGAAGUGAGGAGAGCAAGGAGAGCAUUGGGGGUGGAGAUGAUGUUUACAUUAGCGAUAUUAGGGACGCCGAGAGCUUAGUUGCUCCGGUUCAUGGUGUUGAUGCUCUUAUAAUCCUUACAAGUGCUGUCCCAAAGAUGAGACCCGGUUUUGAUCCUACGAAAGGGGAAAGGCCGGAGUUCUACUUUGAAGAGGGGUCAUACCCCGAACAAGUGGAUUGGAUUGGGCAGAAGAAUCAGAUAGACGCAGCUAAGGCUGCUGGAUUGAAGCAUAUUGUGCUUGUUGGGUCAAUGGGUGGAACCAACCCUAAUCACCCACUAAACAGCUUGGGAAAUGGGAGCAUAUUGAUUUGGAAGAGGAAAUCUGAGCAAUAUUUAGCAGACUCUGGAAUCCCAUAUACCAUCAUUAGAGCUGGGGGAUUGCAAGACAGAGAUGGAGGUGUGCGCGAGCUUGUUGUUGGCAAGGACGAUGAGCUUCUUCAGACAGACAACCGAACUGUUCCUAGGGCUGAUGUUGCACAAGUCUGCAUUCAGGCACUGCGGUUUGACGAGGCAAAAGCCAAAGCAUUCGAUCUGGGCUCGAAGCCUGAGGGCAGUGGAACCCCAACAAAGGAUUUCAAGGCCCUUUUCUCACAGAUCGACGCCCCUUUCUGAUGUUCUUUUUAGUACUCGUCAUGUCUUUUGAUCCACAAAUGGCAGAAUUAUAGAAUAUGUAAUAAUGCCAGUGACAUUUGAACUUUGAUUUGGAAAUGGUCAUCUUAUUCCCUGUUUGGGACAGCCAUUUAUAUUAACUAAAUAUAUAUACUUGUGGAAUUUGAUGACAAGUCUUGAUUGCAUGAAAUUGAAAUUAAGGAUUGUAAAUGAU